CGUACGUGUGUGGGUGAGCUCGAAAGCAUGCGCGUGUGUCAGUGCCUAGCGGUAGCUCUCCAUCUCUUUCGCACUCAGAGUGCCUCCAAGUAAACUCCUCUUUUCCUCUCGGGUGUGAGGGGAGACAGUCCAACGGUAGGACACCUGGACGGCGGGGGAACUGGGAAGAUGCUGGCGACGAUGUUAACUGCUAUGUACUUGGUGGUGCGGUUUUCGGAGCAGCUGGGCCUGCGCUGGGUCCACUCUGAGCCCCUCCCCUACAUGGUGGCCCCACCCACACCCUGGCAGGUCCACUGUGUGUCCCAGGGUCGCCGUAGCAGCCGUGUUGAUGAGAGUGGUUUUGAGCAGCAGAACACUGGAGGCGGAUACAGAAGAAACUCCGCCCACCUGAACAAGGCAGCCACCACCAUCCAGUCCCAGUACAGGAAGUACCAUCAGAGAAGGCACCGGGCCAGACACUAGCGAGGGAGGCCUGGAGCCCAUCACCAGGCUGGCAUGCAGACUGCUGCCAAACGAACCGCCCCGCUACGUCCAACCGAACACACGCACGCCCACGGUUAUGAACGGGAACGCCAAGCGAUUUCACACACACAUACACACACACGCAGGUGCACACACACACGUACGGACACGCACACACACGCACGCCCACGGUUAUGAACGGGAACGCCAAGCGAUUUCACACACACAUACAUACACACGCAGGUGCACACACACACACACGACACGCACACACACACACACCCACGGUUAUGAACGGGAACGCCAAACGAUUUCAAGCACACGUACAUACACACGCGGGUGCACACACACACACACACACACACACGCACACACACACACACCCACGGUUAUGAACGG